AUGGCGAAGCCGGCCCGUAGCCAUUCCAACUCUGUUACAGAGGUCCAGGCCUGCGUUUCGUCACCAGAAGGGAGAGGGCCUAUCAGGAAAGAUGCCAGUCUUCGAGAACGGCUGCUCAGCAACCAAAUCGGAAUCUCCCUUACCAUUCUUACGAUGAUCUUCGCGGUUCAUAACUUAUACCCUUCGCUUAGACCAUACACGUCUCCUUUCUUAACUUUGCCACAUUACCGAUCGACAAAAGGAAUAUACGUCCAGGGAUGGGACGACUUGUACUUCAUCAUCGGUUCCAUGGUCGCCUUUACAGCAAUCCGAGCCAUCGCAAUUGACUGGAUCCUUAUGCCCAUCGCACAACAACUUGGGCUAAAAUUGAAGGCAUCGUUGAGAUUCGCCGAACAAGGCUGGCUACUGGUGUAUUACAUUGUCUUCUGGUCCUAUGGUUUGUAUAUUUGGAUGCAUUCAAAGUACUGGAUGGAUUUCCGAGAAAUUUGGACGGACUGGCCGUCGAGAGAGAUACCAGGCUAUUUCAAGCUGUAUUGCCUGUUGCAGUUGUCAUUUUGGUUGCAACAAAUUUUCGUCAUCAACAUUGAGGAAAGAAGAAAAGACCAUUAUCAGAUGUUGACGCAUCAUAUCGUCACAAGCACCCUUCUCGGAUCAGCUUAUGUUUACAGCUUCUAUAACGUGGCCAACGUUGUUCUAUGUAUUAUGGAUAUUGUAGAUUUCCUCCUCCCGGCUGCGAAGAUGCUAAAAUAUAUGGGUUACGAGCGCAUUUGCACCAUUGCAUUCGGGGUCUUCCUAGCCACAUGGUUCAUUGCCCGCCAUGUGAUUUACAUGAUGUUAUGGUGGUCCAUUUACCAAAAUGUUCCAGAUGCAAUGUCAUUUGGAUGUUAUCUGGGCGCAACCGGCCAGAAGCUUAUUGACGUAUCUCCCGAUUCCUGGGGCUCACUCAUAUAUCCGUUUCGGGAUAUCGAUGGACCUAUUUGCAUGAGUUUCCGCAUCAAAUGGGCCUUUCUCACUCUGCUCCUAAUUCUUCAGAUGCUCUCUCUUAUCUGGUUCGGCAUGAUCCUUCGUGUGGCAGUGCAUGUGCUUCGGACAGGCUCAUCAGCGGAGGAUACCCGCAGCGACGAUGAGGGCGAAGAAUCAACUGAGGCAGUCCGCCCUGUUCGCCGAGGCAGCCCUAGAAGACAGGAAGAUUAUGAAGAGAAUGGAUGGAGUAAAUCUGUUGCGGUCAACGGUUCCGCCCAGAAUCAUCACCCGGUGCGAAUCAGAACAGCUCGCGGCCGCGUUACACUCAGCGAUCAGAACGAACGAAAGGCUUUACUCGGCAGAAUCGGGUGCGACAAGCCUUCUUAA